UUAGUUUUUUAAAAUAAAAAUUACAGAUAAUAAUAUCUGGCAGAACGCACACAGAAUACAUUAUUAUCUCCGGAGAAUAUACGAAACUAGAGAAGAGAGAUUAAAGGACUCGUCGUCUCCGUCUCCUCCAGCUCAUCGAUCGUCAAACCCUCAGUCUCUCCUGGCACAUCAAUGAGAGUCUGAGUUGUUUCAUGUUAUAAGUCCUGCUCUGCGGAUGUUUUACAAAGGAUGCAUAUGCAAAGAUUUUGACUUGGGCUACGAUAUGUGGACUUCACGCAUCUGGGAAGGAGCUAGUGAACUAGAUGGAUAGACAAUUUGAUAAAGAUAACAUGGAUCAAGCGAAGGGUUAUGGACACGUUCGGUAUACUGCCCCCCCUGACCCUAGGAGUGAGGGGAUUGGCUCUAUGAAUCCAAGGUUUUCUCACGAUUCUUCUACUAACGUUAACAUGAAUGUACGACCUCCAGAUUAUGGUAUUUCGACUCCUGCUCGGCCAGUGCUGAACUACUCCAUACAGACUGGUGAAGAAUUUGCUUUUGAGUUUAUGAGAGAUAGGGUGAUUAUGAAACCGCAGUUCGUACCCAAUAUGUACAGUGAGCCGCCCGGUGGUAUGCCUGUUUCGGUUAAUUUAAGUGCUAUGGGGAUGGUUCUUCCGAUGUCAGAGAGUGUUUCUAACACCACGGUGCUUAACGCAGCAGAGAAACGCCAUACCUUUGAGCAAGAGAGAAAACCCCCCUCUAGAAAUGAAGAUAAGAGCUACCAUGAGCUGGUCCAGUCAGCCCCGGUUAUUUCUUCUAGAAAUGACACUGGUCAAAGGGUUCAUAGUUUGGUUUCUUCUAGAGCUUCUGAUAUCUCUUUGAACCAGGCAAAGUUCUUGUGCAGUUUUGGUGGUAGAAUCAUACCUCGCCCCAGAGAUCAGAAACUUAGAUAUGUAGGCGGUGAAACGCGUAUCAUACGGAUUAGCAAGGAUAUUUCUUUCCAAGAACUCAUGCGUAAAAUGUCAGAGAUGUUCCCUGAAGUGCGUACCAUAAAAUAUCAGCUGCCAGGCGAGGAUCUCGAUGCCUUAGUCUCUGUAUCUUCUGAUGAGGAUUUACAAAACAUGAUGGAGGAAUGUAAUGUGUUUGGUAGUGGAGGAUCUGACAAGCCCAGGAUGUUCUUGCUUUCAAGCAGUGAUAUAGAGGAAGGUCAGUUCGGUAUGGAAGCUGCCGAGGGCGAUUCUGAGGUUCAGUAUGUUGUUGCUGUCAAUGGGAUGGAUCUUAGUUCACGUAAAAGUUCCCUUGGCAUAACUGCUCCAGGGAACAAUUUGGAUGAACUACACAGGAAUACUGACAGGGAGGUCAGUCAAGCUGCCACAGAACCAGCAGUAGCUUUGGUUGCUCCCUUGGCUGGUAAUGAGUCUUCAUUAGCGGGACAAAUUUCCCAACCUGUGGCAGGUUUCUCUACUGGAAAUGAACCAUUUUCACAGCCUUAUCUAGGACAGCAAGUGUCCUUCACCGGACUUGGUAACCACCAAGUUUACACAUCAGCUCACAUGGCAAGCAUAGGCUAUAUAGAUGAGAAGGGGUCUGCUCCUUUGCAUGUUCAACCACAGCCUCAUUAUAUCCCUUAUUCUGUGAAUCCUGAAACGCCUCUUCAAAGUGUGGCGCCUCACUAUCCACAUAAACCUGAGCAAGGAGUUUUGCAUGAUGAGCGGAUCUUUCAUGUACAAGAUCCAGAAGCUUCAUCAAAAGAGGCCAAAAUGAGAAGAGAUGACUCAUUUAAGAAGGUAAAUGAUUCUGCUAAUGUAUCUACUGUCGAGACCAAUCUUUCAGCAAAAGAACCAAAGAUGAUGAGAGAAUCCUCAAUCCCAAGGGUCAGUGAGUAUUCCAUUUCCUCUACGUCUGGUGAUUUGAUAGUCCCAGAUCGCGUCCUGAAGGAAGAAACUCCAGUUGCCACACAAAUAUCCGAUUCAACACCAGAUCCAAGUAUCUCAGCUUGUCAAGAGAAGAAUCCUAGAAAAUCCCAGGAUCAUGUUGAGAACAAUGUUUCAGCAAAGGAGCCAAAGAUGAAGUAUUCCAUCUCCUCUGUAUCAAGUGAUUCUAUGGUCCCAGAUCACACCUUCAAGGAAGAAGCUCCUAUUUCCAUGAAAAUAUCCAACUCCACACCAGAUUCAAGUUCCUUUGUUUAUCCCGAAAGAAGCCUCAAAACACCCCAGGAAUAUGUUCCGAAAACGGCUGCGUUAGAUACAGAAAAUGAAGGCAAAAAAAUCAAUCAGGACAACCAAUUUUCUCUGCCUGGGAGAAUCUCUCCAUCGGGGCUUGUUACUUCAGUUGGUGAUUCAUCGAAUGUGAGUAAUGUCGACCAGCCGGCGAUUCAUCAAAGGGUUUUUCAUUCUGAGCGCAUUCCACGAGAUAUAGCAGAAAGUAAACGUUUGUCUAAAUCUGAUGAUUCCCUUGGUUCUCAGUUUGUAAUGGCUAAGUCAACUUCAGAUGCAUUCCUACCUAUCAGCGAAUCAGCUGAAACUUUUCAUGAAGCAAAUAUGGAGUCCCAGAAUGUUCAUUCUAGCGCACCAGUAAGACCAGCUCCUGAAAGCCUCUGGAAAGCCGAGGGUAGUAUCUCACAAUCUGAAAAAAGGAACUUGGAACCUAGCGCCCCAGAGCACGUAAGUCAUUCAGAGGCUUCAGUUAAGGCUGUUCCACGAGGACACAUAGAGAACGGCGAUAUAGUUGUUGAUAUCAAUGACAGGUUUCCUCGUGAUUUUCUAGCUGAUAUAUUGAAAGUGAAAGAGUCUCUAAGCUUCCCUGGAUUAGGGCCAUUGCAUGCUGAUGGAGCUGGAGUGAGUUUAAAUGUUCAGAAUCUUGACCCUAAAAAUUGGUCGUAUUUUCGAAAUUUGGCGCAGGAUGAGUUUGAGAGGAAGGAUCUAUCCCUUAUGGAUCAGGAUCACCCUGGAUUUCCCACUUCCCUGACUAAUACCGAUGGAGUUCCUAUUGAUUAUAGCUACCCACCAUUGCAAUCUGGGAAAGUUGCUCCAACUCGGUUGAAUCCACAAAUCCACUUUGAUGAGAAUAUCCAGCCGCAUGUGUCAACUGCUGCCGUAGCUGAUUCGAGAACAGCAGACACACAAGAAAAUUACGGUCAGUCACAGUUCAAAGGUGCUGAAAGCACAGAUGCAAAUGUGAAUACUGGAGUUCCUCUUAUUGACCUUGUCGCUGAGGACAGUAGCCUCAGGUCUCUGCAGGUCAUUAAAAAUGACGACUUGGAAGAACUGAAGGAACUAGGUUCUGGUACCUUCGGAACUGUUUACCAUGGAAAAUGGAGGGGUACAGAUGUUGCUAUCAAGCGAAUAAAAAAGAGCUGUUUCAUUGGUCGUUCAUCUGAACAAGAGAGACUGACCUCGGAGUUCUGGCAUGAAGCUGAAAUUCUUUCCAAGCUACAUCAUCCAAAUGUUAUGGCAUUCUACGGCGUAGUGAGAGAUGGGCCAGGAGGGACUUUAGCUACAGUGACAGAGUACAUGGUCAAUGGAUCGCUUAGACAUGUUCUGCUCAGCAACAGGCAGAUUGAUCGACGUAAGCGACUCAUCAUUGCAAUGGAUGCAGCUUUCGGAAUGGAGUAUUUGCACUCAAAGAACAUAGUGCAUUUCGAUUUGAAGUGUGACAACUUGCUUGUCAACUUAAAGGAUCCCGCCCGUCCAAUAUGCAAGGUUGGUGAUUUUGGUUUGUCAAAGAUUAAAAGAAACACUCUGGUCAGCGGUGGUGUAAGAGGAACCCUCCCUUGGAUGGCUCCCGAACUACUUAGUGGCAGCAGUAGCAAAGUUUCUGAAAAGGUCGAUGUGUUCUCUUUCGGUAUCGUCUUGUGGGAAAUUCUUACUGGUGAGGAACCCUACGCCAAUAUGCAUUACGGUGCAAUCAUCGGAGGCAUAGUGAACAAUACACUGAGACCAACCGUGCCAAGCUACUGUGACCCGGAAUGGAGGAUGCUGAUGGAGCAGUGUUGGGCUCCUGAUCCAUUUGUUCGACCUUCCUUCCCAGAGAUAGCGAGACGUCUCCGCACUAUGUCCUCUGCGGCAAAAGCCCACGCCACCAAUCACCAAAUCCACAAGUAAAUCUAUAUGUUCAUAUUAUUACCGGUACGUAUUUUGUUUCAGAAAAAGGUUUGUGUAUAAAAAACAUCGUUGCGUCUUCUUUCGGAUUUGAGAGUGUUGAUUUGUACAAGAAGUCCUAAAUACAUAUUUGUAUAGCCAUUAUUAUUAUUGUUGAGUGUAAGUAAAUUGGUUAUGGUACAAUGACAUUACUCAUUUUCUGUA